AUGGCCGCGAAGGCGAAUUUCGAGGUGAACCAGGAGACAAGGAGCAAGCUCGCAGCACUGGGGAAGAAAGAAGGUGCUGGCAAUGACAGAUGCUGUGACUGCGGCGCCCCUUCACCGCAAUGGGCUUCUCCCAAAUUCUCGACGUUCAUCUGCCUACAAUGCGCGGGCGUGCAUCGCGGCCUAGGCGUGCACGUCUCCUUCGUGCGCUCCAUCUCCAUGGACGCCUUCAAGGAGGUCGAGCUCCUCCGUAUGGACCGCGGCGGCAACAAGGCCUGGCAAGACUUUUACAACAAGAACACCAAGUCGUUACCCUUCGACGAGGCCACGAUCAAGGAACGAUACGACUCGGAAGUGGGCGAAGAGUGGAAAGAGCGGUUAACGUGCCUUGUCGAGGACCGAGAGUUUGACAUGGCCGCUUUCCAGAAAGAGAGACAGGCAAUACUGCAGAAACAGGCGAGUCGGUCCGCCACGCCUGCUGGCGGCGUCAGGAACCAUGCCACGGCCGCGGCCGCCGUCUCCAGCAGCGGGCCCGGCUCAGGCAGUCGGACAGCGUCUCCCGCGCCGAGGGGCCGUAUCACCGCAGACCAAAAGGCGCAGAAUGAAGCAUAUUUCUCGCGCAUGGGCGACGCCAACGCCUCGAGGCCGGACAAUCUGCCGCCCAGCCAGGGUGGGAAGUAUGGGGGAUUCGGCAGCGCGAUGCCCGAGCCUGCGGAUAGACAGGCUGGUGGCGGAGUCGCGGACGACUUCACGAAGGACCCCGUCGCCGCGAUCACCAAGGGCUUCGGCUGGUUGGGCGGGAUGGUAAGCAAGCAGGCCAAGCUGGUGAACGACUCGUACAUCCAGCCCACGGCCAAAAAUAUCGCCGCCUCAGAUUUCGCGUCGCAGGCCCAAAAGGCCGCCAUGGCGGCCGGCCAGGGCCUCCAAUCCGGCGCCCGGGGAGCCGCGCAAUCGUUCAACAAGUUCGUCGAAGGCCAGGACGAGAGAGCAGCCGCAUCCGCCGCGUCGAGGGAUGUAGAGCCCGAAAGGAAAGACUUUUGGGAUACUUUCGGACAAUCAGGAGGCGGCGGCGGCGGCGGUGCCAGCAGCAUUGGCACCAACGCGCUGAAGAAGACGAUUUCCCCGGCCGCGAACCCGCCGCGGAAGACAAAGGAGGAUGGGUGGGGUGAGGACUGGUGA